AUGCCAUCUAACAUCACAUCGCCUCUCUCCUCAUCAGAAUGCACCUUCAAUGUUGCAUCUGUAGAUGUGGCUUUCUCAUGUCUUGCCUUCUUAUUGUUUCCCAUUGCAUUCCUCCUGAACGCAGUAGCAGCUUGGGUGUCUCUGCACCUCCGCACCACCUCCACCUUCAUUGUGUACCUCAAAAACCUGGUGGUUGCUGACCUGCUCAUGACACUGACACUCCCACCAAUGGCCACUAGUGUGCUUCCAGGAGCCAGCACGGACCUAAAAGUGUUCACCUGCCGUUACUCCGACGUCAUUUUCUACUGCUGCUUAUACACGAGCAUUGCUUUAAUGGGUCUUAUUAGCCUCGACCGCUUCUUCAAAAUUGUUCGACCAUGUGGAAAGGUGUUCGGUCAAAACCUGAUGUUCAGCCGUGUAAUGUCCUCGUCAGUUUGGUUUGUGAUAUUUGGCAGCACAGCUAUCCCAACUGUCAUUCUAACUGACCAGAACCCUACUAAUGAUACAACAAAAGAUUUCUGUAUGUCCCUAAAAAGUGCAGCUGGUGUGACUCUCCACAAGUUUGUAGUUCUUUUCAUGGAGAUCCUUUUCUGGUUUGUCAGCAUACUGGUUGUGUUUUGCUACAUCUGCAUCACAAUGAAAGUCCUGCAGUCCUUCCGAAAGUCUGCGAGCACCAACAGCCAAGGAAAGAAAAAGACCAAGAUCCGGGUGUUUUUCAUUCUUUUUGUCUUUUUUGUGUGUUUCCUGCCACUCCACAUGAUACGGAUUCCAUUCACUCUCAAUGAAACACUUGAGGAGGACUCCUGCAGUCAGAUUUGGGUGAGUGUAAGUCAUAAGUUUGUUCUUUGGCUCUCCACCACCAACACCUGUCUGGAUCCUCUUCUCUACAUCUCCCUGUGUCAGGAAUACAAAGAAAAGCUGAUAGAAAUAGGGAAAGCCACAGGAAUCUGGAUGAACCUACGUUCAAAAGAAAGUCAGAUCCUUCAGAUUAAGAAGUAG